GCGCUGUACGCGGAGGUGCGCGUGCUGUGCUGGGUCCCCGUGGCGCCGGCUGACCACAACAAGACCGCGGUUCACGUCAGGGCCACGUGGGGGAGGCGCUGCAACAAGCUGCUCUUCAUAAGCACCAAGGACGACGCCAGCAUCAGCGCCGUCAACGUGGGGAGCAGGGAGGGCUUCAGGGCGCUCUGGAGCAAGACCCGGUCGGCGCUCCAGUACCUGUACUCGCAUUUUCUCAAUGACUACGAGUGGUUCCUGAAAGCCGACGAUGACACGUACGUUGUGUUGGAGAAUCUACGUUAUAUGCUACGGGCUUAUGACACAAACGACCCGGUGUUCUUUGGGCAUCACUAUAAAACGAGGGGGGGAUACAAUUCGGGAGGCGCUGGAUAUGUCUUAGGCCGAGAAAGUCUUCGUCGAUUUGUCGAGAAGGCAUUACAUAACAAAGCCACUUGCGGAACACGUAGAACCGGGGAGGAUAUCGGACUAGGCCGGUGUCUUAGGGGAGUCGGCGUUGCUAUCGUCGACACCCGCGACCACCGCCAGGAAGGACGGUUCUUUCAGCAACAUGUCAGGGAAAUCUUGCGGAAUCCUGAUAUUCACUCACACAUCGUUUACUAUCCGGUCAAAAAGGAUGGCAAGCCAGACAGCUGCUGUUCCGACACUGUCAUCUCUUUCCACCAGAUGUCAGUCGCCGACCUUUAUAUGCUAGAUUACCUCAUCUACAAAGUCCGGGUCUUCGGGCACAUCCCUCCCCUGCCUUUAAAGGUCCCUCUACCGCCUGACCUUAAAGGUGUGCCAAACAAGACGCUUCAAAACUUCGAGGUGAUGGUGAGACCACGCCGCAGAGAUUGCAAUGCCUAUAAUGGCCAUAGUUCUCCCCUUAGAUUACUUGACUUCAGAGACGAGCGGUACGCGGAAACAAUUUUGCUCACACUGGUUCACAUUACUGAUGUAACCGAACAGGAGCUCAUCUGUGUUCUUCUCUUGCGAGUGAUAAUUUUACGGUUAACUAAGGUUAAAGAAGACUACUCAGGUACCAGGUAA